AUGUUAGUUAAAAAUAUUUUUGUUGAAAUCAGAUCUCGCUUGAGAAGUUGUAAUGUUUAUAUAACUACAAAUAUUGAUUUUAGUAAAAAUUGUAAUUUGAAAAUAAGUAUUCGUUCUAAUUGUAUUAUAUUGAAUUAUUAUAAUGACGGCUUUAAAAGGAGCAACAGCUUAUCCUCUAUUGAAAGUUUGUCUGACUAUUCCGAUGAAGAAAGCGAUGUGACCUGUUGUAUUCCAAUAGAGGAAUUCUGCUAUAUCAUACCAAAUUCCAUGUCAUGUCUCAAAGUUGAUAAAAAUACCAUAUCAUUUAGAAUUUUGACAGAACCAAAGAAUGGAGGUGGAUUCUAUUCAGAAUUUCUGCCAACAGACACCAUUGAGAAUAAGCCAAAAGGCAAUAACAUGAAUAUUAAUUUGAAAUCCAAUGAAGAUAUUCAAAUUGUAUGUGCAAAUUGCUCCAAUAUGAUAUCUAAUAAUUUUGUGAAGUUUGACAGGAUAUUAGAGUUGCCUACAUCAAAUCUGGACAUGUCUGAAUGGUUUUGUCACAAUCACAGUCAUGGAAACACAUCUGAGACUAUUGUAUUGCAACCGCAAAAGCUAGAUUUCUUACAUAGGUUAACAUUUUUUGUGAUAAAUAAUAAUCUAUUGGCAGACAAAGCAAAUAAAUUUAAUCUACAACGAGAAAUAUAUCAUUGUAAUCGAUGCCUUGCUUGGCUUGGCAUAAAGAAGAAAGAUACCGUACAACUGUACAAUUCUGAAGUGAAAAUAUCGCAUAAUAAUGAAGAGACCUAUGCAUUUACUCAUAAAAAUAGUACAGAUAAUAUAAGUAUAGAUGAUUUUAUAUACACAAUUGAAAAUAUGAUGAAUGAAUUUAACCUUGGCUUACAGUACACAAUAAUGUAUAAGAUUGUUUUAGAAUGCUUAAUUUCUGCUUCAAACAAGCAAUAUGUACUGCUUUGGAUAAUGGAUAAAGAGCUGCAAGUGUUAAGAAACACUGAUGAUUUGAUUUUAAAUGAUAAAAUUAAAUUACAGUCAACCGUACUUACAAAGGUUCUGUACAAGAUUGAGUCUUCGUUAAACACCGAAGUUGAAGCUUGGUUAGCCGAUCCAAGUGUGAUUUCUACAGACAUAUCGAAAAGUAUGUUUACAAGAGGUGUUGAUCAUUUGCAAAAAAUGUCACUCAAAGUCCCAGAAAUGUUUCGCUAUACAAAUGGGUAUUGUGUCAGCUACUUGAAAGUGUAA